GACGUUUGAAAUGUACGAAGUGUAUCUAGUGGGCUGCGCUCUCGCGUUGUUCCUAAACGCGGCUCAAGCGAGACCGCAGAAUCAGGCUGGCCGUGAAGCGAGUCGAUACGUCAUCACGACUUAUUCGGAUGGCGGGGAACGUGGUCAAGAGGGCUACGAAAGCAAGCACGAACGAGAAAAAGGAGCGUCGGGAAGCCAAGACAAAGAAAAUCGUAAGGAACGGUACGGCGAUGAAGUCGGUCAAAAAUCUGGCCACCGCCAUCAAGACGGGUACCACGACGUAGGAUACGCAGAUCGUAUUGGUCAACAUGGGUACCAUUAUCAUGACAAAGGAAGUUACGCCAAAGGGCACUGUACAAAAGGUACUCACGACGUCCACAAACUGGAGGAGCUGAACAAGACGAAAGAGUUCUUCGAUGAAGAUCGCGGAGAAGAUAACCAUGAAAAACACGGGGCAUACGAAAUAGCAAGAGGAUUGGGAAACGGAGCUUUCCGAUUGGAAGGUCGGGCGAAGAAAGUGUCCCUGGCGGAUGAGUUACUCAAAUCCUGGAAAAGUGACUUGGGGUCCCACGGCGCAGUAGAUUCUGGUUACGGUAGACGCAAGGGAACCGAAGAAAACUUCAAAAAUGCGGAAAAAUCGGCCGAAAGAAACGGGUUCGAUGUUUACGAACUCGUGGGUGAUAGUUGGAAGAAUGAAGCCAACUAGUGUCGU